AUGAUGAGUGAAGGAGAGGGAGAACUCGCGUCUGAGGCUGGGAGGAGGUGUAGUUUCGCCGCUGUCGGGGAAGAGAACACGUCUGGGAAAGGGAACCGGGGGAAACGGCGCACGAAGGGUGCUGUGACGGGAAAGGAAUCCACCUGCGUCACCGCUGGAGAGAGGGAGAUCGGAACGAGUAAGGAGGAGGAGGGUUGUCUAAACUGCAGCCAGAAGAGUGUUCAGGCCGCCACAGGUGCCGCUGCCGGGAAAGGGAGCUGCGUCUCUGUGAUACUGACCGCCGGGAGUGGUUCUGUGACUUCCGGGACCACCGCCGGAGCCUCUGGCUACUUCUGCCGUCACUGGAAAACUCUACCGUUACCAACGCCGGAGUCCGGUCGCCGCUGUCACUUGAGGUGGCUGACGGGCUGCCGCCGAACCGGUUCAAGAGACCGCCGCUGUUCGGUUCAGCCGUUCCUUCUUUGUGUUGAUAUGGUUAUUGCGAAAGUGGCUGGGAGCUGAGGUUUUGGUUGCCG